GCGUUACGUAGCCUACUUGUAUAUGACCUGACUGAUACCCCUAAACGACCACAUCCCUCGUGCCAUACUGCCUAUCUUGGUAUCGAAAUCGUAGUACACGAUGAUUGCAGAUCCGCCUUAUGCAAGGCCGCGCUAGCGCAAGGGAUUUCCGCGUCCGCGUUGCACAUCCCGGUCUGGGCUUCAACGUUGCUUGCUUGCCUGGCGCGUUGGACUUCACAUGCCACCAAGAAUCAACCUCCCCCCACUAACCCGCGCCCUCCUCCUAACCCUCCUCUCCCUCUCCGCCCUAAACGCGGUUCUUCGCUUCCGCUCCUGGUCCGCCAGCACGCCAACAAACGAGCAGUCCGCCACAGCACCAUCAAUCUACCUGACCUCUCCACUAUGGGCAAUCCCCUACCUCGUGCUCAUCCCCACUACAUCCCUCAAAUUCCCUUGGACGGCCUGGGGCGGGCAGGAGUUUGCGAAGUUUGUGCUGUUUGUCACUAUGAUUCCGAAUUUGCUGGCGUUUUUCGUGUAUGGCGUUUGGCAAGUUGUGGCUUCGAAUACGCCGGAACACCCAACACCAAUCAACGGCCUCCUAGCCCUCAGCGCCGCCUUCCUCGUCUCCCUCAAACAGCUCGUCCCCGAACACACCGUCAGCCUGUUCAACUCGCUCCUGCGCAUCCGCAUCAAGCACUUCCCCGCCCUGUUCGUGCUGGCGAAUAUGCUCUCGGGUCCCCUGCUCGGCACCGAUACCGCGACCUGGCUGGCUCUGUUCGGCUUCCUGACGGGAUGGCUCUACUUGCGCUUCUACCGGAUUUCAGACAUCGGCGCCACGGGCUCGGCAACGGGUGGCGACGGCGGGAGGAUGCAAGGCGAUCCCAGCGAGACGUUCAGUUUCGUUUCUUUCUUCCCGGAUGUUUUCCAUCCUGUGUUAUCGCCGCUUUGUGA